GCGGGACGCGCGAACUAUCGAUGUAGUUGUAGACAAGCGACGACACACCAGAACACCCGCCGUGUACCUGCCUAUGCGCGCGCCUCACAAGGUCCCCUGGCGGCACCGUACUUUUUGACCUGGCGGAGCUUUUAUUCGACUUUCAUUGUGUUCUCUCGAAGUCCGCUCUUUUGUGUUUUGGGCGCGAGAUUUUGUACACGCACGCAGGCGAAACAGUGUUCCUCCAGCCCUACCGGACGAUUGGCUUUUUUCCCUCCCUCUCGCCGCUACCACCCCUCCACAAUCGUGUUUGUCACCCCAUCAGUGCCCUCCCCCUGAAAACCUGAUAACGCGAGCCUUUGUCCGUAAAGGUCCAUUGUCUCGCAGAGUCGUCUUCCGCGCUUUGUGUGUGUCUCCUUAGUCCUUUGCUAAGCCGUACGAAAGCAUUUUUCUUUCGAUAACUUCUCGUUCGACUGCGUGAUCUUCCCCUCGACUGUGACUGUGGUUUUGGGUUUGUCGCGCCACCAACGAACCUUCGUAUUAUUCGUGUCUUACUUGCUUGAGAAAUUCAACGAGACGUUUUUUACAUUUUUUUCGCAUCCAAUUGUUCUACUCAUACAUUUUAAAUUGUCUGAUAUUUUCAACAUCAAAAUUAUAUAAAAUGGUAUCUACAAGACAACAAAGUAGUAGUAGUUCUGGUUCUUCAACCAAAGUGGUUGUUAUACCAAAACCUGAGAAAAAUUUCAGUGUAGUCAAUUUAGGCCAAAGUAGUUCUAGCCAUAUUAAUUUGCUAGACCUUCCAUAUGAAAUCCUUGAGAAAAUCUUAUCAUAUACCAAUUUCAAACACAUAUCCCAACUAAGAUCGAUUUCCCGGCAUUUCAAUGUAGUGUGUAGUACUAUGUUAAAUUCUACUUUUCAACGUCUGCAAAACCAAAUGUUAAAUCGCUUUCAAAUUAUUAAAACCAAAAUGCCCAGACGGGAAUCUGCUAGGAGACAACAUCCACUAGCUUGUGAAUCAGAUAUUGUUGAAACACUUCAUAUGAGAUUAUUAUUAUUGCGUAUGGCAUUUGGUAAACACAUCGAAAGAAAACAUAUAUGUUUUUUUGCCGGAGAGAUUUUAGAUGAAGUGUAUAAAAUUCUACAUUAUAUUAAAGUUACUUCAAAGUUGGCAAGGCCAUAUAAAGUGACAGAUGAACUAUUUGACUUGUCCACAAUGGCCAUGGAAUAUUUUAGGGAAAAAAUUGAACCAACUCUUCCAGAAAUUCGACUUUUUGCCAAUGAUUAUCAUGAAUUUCCUUCACCUUUAGGUCCACCCAAUACUAGAACUAUUACCAGCAUGUGUUUGAGAAAACGUAGUUUAAUGAUACGUGAAGGUUCGGUUUCAAGUUUAGAAGGCAAACGAGCUUCAUCCGAAAGUCCUCAAUGUGGUUCGAUGUUACGAAAAAGUGUCGGUAAAAUUAAGCAAGGAAUAAAAACGUCUCAAAGUUGUCAUUUGGAAAGGGAUUUCUUAGACUUACGGAAACAAUUGCGCAAAACAUCAACUCAAUCUGGCAAUGUGCAACGUGAGUUAAAACAAUGCAAAUCACAAAUGGCUGAACAACAUAAAACAUUGGUAGAAUAUUCAAAUAGGAUGGAUGAAUAUGAUAAGAAGAAUGAAGAGACAAAUCGAAAAUUCAGCACGUUAUUACAAGAACUCAAUAAGUGCAAGACAGAAAUUCAAUAUCUACAAUCAGCAUCUUCAUCUUCUACACUUUCAGUUUGCUCAUCCUGCAGUACUACUGCAAGUGAUCUAUCUUUAGUUAUGGGACCACCUGCUUUAAAUUCUACUACCAACGCUGUACGCACUAGAUUGCAUACUCAAGGAGACCAAAUUCCAGAAAAUACUAACGAGGAUUCUGUGGAACCGAGUGAACCAGUAGUAUUCGAGGAAGUAAAGAGUUCUGAUGAGCAAGAACCAUCCACUAGUACUGGUGUUAAACGUAAAUUAGAAUUGGCUAUUCCCAAAGCUGCAAAACGUGUCAGGGCUGUAGCCAAAAAAGUACGCAGCAUUAAUAACGCUAACUAGACAAUAAAUAAAUAAAUGAUAAUGAAAAUAAUAAUUUUUUAUCGAAACGAAUCUACCUCUCACAUUCAUAUAGACUUAAAUUGAAA